AUGAAGAUCACAGUGGUAGAUAAUUAUCAAGGAGAAGAAAGUGAUAUAAUAUUACUAUCACUAGUUAGAACUGUUAGAAGUAAUGAAAAGGGGAAUGUAGGAUUUUUGAAAACUGAGAACAGAAUAUGUGUUGCAUUGUCAAGAGCUAAAUAUGGACUUUACAUAAUGGGUAAUAUGGACAAUUUGUACAAUUCUGGAGAUGAAUUGACUUUGGAAUGUGCCAUUCAUUCUGGAAUUACAACAAAGGUUGCAAAAAGUGAAGAUUUCAAUAUUAUUAUGGGACGUGGUUGUUCAAUGUUAUGUAAAUCAUUACUAUUAUGUGAUCAUUAUUGUUCAAGUUUAUGUCAUUCUUAUGACCGUGAGCAUUUAGAAUUGAAAUGCAUGGAGCCAUGUGACAAGUUCUGUGAUUAUAAUCAUCCUUGUAAGAAAACAUGUUAUAUGGAUUGUGGAGAUUGUCUUGUGCUAAUGAACAGAGAGUUACCUUGUGGCCACGAAUUGACGUUACAAUGUUUUGUUGAUAUUAUUACUUAUCUGUGUGAAGAAAUGGUAGAAGCUGUCCUAGAUAUAUGUGAUCAUACAGUUUUAAAAAAAUGUCAUGACAAAAAUCCCAUCUGUUCAUAUAAAUCCAUAGAUCGUUUAGAUUGUGGACAUGCUUGCGAUAGAAAUUGUCAUGAGAAUGAUGAUCCAGAACAUGAGAACUAUAAAUGCAUAAAACCUUGUGAAAAUAUAAACAAAAUGUGCUCUCUAAGUCACAAAUGUCAAAAAAUGUGUUAUGAAGACUGCUCAUUGUGUACUGUUAAAGUUAGGAAAGUUCUGCCCUGUGGGCAUUCAAAGAAUAAUGUGCCUUGUGGAUUAAAUAUUGAUGAGAUUAAAUGUAUUCUUCCAUGUGACCGUCAAUUAACAUGCCUCCAUAAGUGUCAAUCUAAAUGCUUUGAAAAAUGUAGACCUUGUGAAAAUCAAGUAAAAAAAGUUAUACUGGAAUGCAGACAUUCAACCACAUUGAAGUGUAAAACUUUGCCUGAACGUAAGCUUUGCACUGAAAUAUGUAACAGAAUUUUAGAUUGUGGGCACAUGUGUAAGAAUUUAUGUAGCACUAAAGAUUGUAGGAAAUAGUAUUGCAGUAGCACUAAAGAUUAUGAGGAAAUAGUAUUGCAAAAAAAUAGUAAACUCGCUUGCGGGCAUAACAGUGUUUGGGUUUUAUGUUGUGAUAAAGAUAAAGAGUUCAGAAUGGACAGCCAAUAUCUUCUUGAUAAAUGCCGUGAACMWUGUUUACAAAAAUUAAAUUGCAAUGACACUUGUUUGGGCACAUGYGGAGAAUGUAAGCAAGGACGUAUACAUAUACCUUGCAGUGAAAUUUGCAAUAAGAUAAAUCCAUGUAAUCAUACAUGCAAAUUCCCCUGUAAAGAACGAUGUCCACCUUGUAAUCAAAAAUGCAUCUAUUCUUGUGUGCAUUCUCGAUGUACUCAACUAUGUGGUAAUCAAUGUGUACAAUGCAAGGAAAACUGUGAAUGGAAGUGCCAACAUUUAAAAUCUACCAGAAAAUGCUUUGAAUUAUGCAAUCGAAGACCUUGUUAUGAGCCUUGCAAGUUAAAAUUGAAUUGUGGUCAUGAUUGUAUAGGUUAUUGUGGCGAACCGUGUCCUCCUCUAUAUCGUAUUUGUCAAAAAGAUCAAGUUACUACAAUAGUUUUUGGCWWURAAGAUGAACCAAAUGCAAGGUAA